AUGGGGUUUUCAAAGAAGACGCAGAUGGAGAGUGGCUUGGAUUCGGAUUCUAAGAAAUGGGUAAUUGCGGGCAUCGCGGUUCGGUCUCUGAAGCCCAUAAACACGAAGCACCUUAGUGAUGAUGAAGAAGAAGCUUGUUCAACGACGCCCACUGCGAAAGAGGCUCGGAUACCUGAGAAGUUGCCGUGCCCGCCGGCGCCGAGGAAGCGGCGACCGUCGAGGUGUAACAACUUGGGUGGUGUUAGAGAGUUCUUCACACCUCCUGAUUUGGAAACCGUGUUCAAGUGCCAUGUUGAAAAAGCUAAAUGA